GUUAUGUACAGAUUUGUUAUUUGAUCUCGAAGUAAAAUCGAUCGAUAGCGAGCUUCUUUUCAAAAUUCAUUCAAAACCCAGAUACUGAUUCAGUUUUCUUUUAGCGCUCGAUGGUUUUGGUAUUGCGGUAACUACGCGGUGUGACUUUAAGUGGAGCAUUAACAAUUAAAGAAAUCAACAGCGUGUAUUUCAGCAACCGUGUGUGUGUGUGUGUGAUUUACAACUUAGUAAUCAUUGGGAAAUCUUAUUGAGCAUGGCUUGUCCGUACGCUGGAAAUGGUUCAUUACAUGACGACACUGCAACUCCAUUGGGUACUGAGAUUGGCAUGAUCUAUGGUGAAUAUCUGAUGCUGGAUAAAGUUCUAAGUUCUCAACGUAUGCUCUCGGUGGUGGAUAAUCGGCCUGUACACGAUGAGCAUCUCUUUAUCGUUACCCAUCAAGCAUACGAACUCUGGUUCAAGCAGAUAAUUUUCGAACUCGACUCCAUACGUGAAAUGUUAAACAUAGAAGAUAUGGAGGAAUCUAAAACGUUGGAAAUUUUAAAACGUCUAAAUCGUAUAGUGCUCAUACUCAAGCUGCUCGUCGAUCAAGUGCCCAUAUUGGAGACCAUGACACCGUUAGAUUUCAUGGAUUUUCGCACAUAUCUUGCGCCCGCUUCCGGUUUUCAAAGUUUACAAUUUCGUCUGAUUGAAAAUAAGCUGGGCGUCAAGUCCGAUCAACGCGUUAAAUACAAUCAAAAAUACUCGGAGGCUUUCGGCAAUGAAUCGACCGCAAUGGAAGCUAUACUAAAAUCUGAAAAUGAACCGUCCAUGUUGGAUUUAAUACAAAAAUGGCUCGAACGUACACCAGGACUUGAGACAGACGGCUUCAAUUUCUGGGCCAAAUUUCAAGCAAGCGCUGAGAAAUUCCUAGAACAACAAGUGCAUACAGCUAUGCAAGAACCCGUUGAAGCGGCACGCAACUAUCAUCUUAUGGACAUUGAGAAGCGGCGCGAGGUCUAUCGCAGCAUCUUCGAUCGUGACGUGCACGAGGCAUUAGUGUCGCGUGGCGAUCGCCGUUUCAGCUACAAAGCUCUGCAGGGCGCCAUUAUGAUCACCUUCUACCGCGAUGAGCCACGCUUUAGCCAGCCGCAUCAAAUGUUAACACUGUUGAUGGACAUCGAUUCGCUAAUUACGAAGUGGAGAUACAAUCACGUGAUCAUGGUGCAACGCAUGAUUGGCUCACAGCAGCUGGGCACUGGCGGCUCUUCAGGUUACCAGUAUUUGCGCUCCACGUUGAGUGAUCGUUACAAGGUGUUUUUGGAUUUAUUCAAUUUGUCGACGUUUCUUAUUCCACGCGAUGCCAUUCCACCGCUUGAUGUCUCAAUGCGAAAGGAGUUGAUUAAUUGAUAUUCGUUUAAUUUCUUUUUUUUAUUUGCUGGUUUUUAGGUUACAAAUUUUAUAUAUUUUUAGCAUAAUAUCCUGAAUAUGUUAUCAUAAUUCCUGUAGUUGUUGAUAUGCUGUUUUCUAUUACAAUGCCUAAGCAGACGUGUCUUGGACAGUUAGGAAACUAAUGCUCAUAUUUUUCACUGUCCUAACCUUUCAUUUAGUUUAAAAGUUAUUGAAUUAUAAUAAUUUCAAAAUAAAUUUGAUUUCAAUUUCAAUGAUUGGAUUCACAUUUUA